AUGAAAGUGGCCUCCGCGGCAUUCACUUGCAUAGCGAUGGCUCAGCUCGGUGCGGCAUCGACUUGUGGUGCGAAGGGUGCCGACAGCACUCCCUGGACAUCGCGCAGCCAGCGCAUCGUGGGGGGGCAGCAAGCCACAAGUGGAGAGUGGCCGUGGCAGGUCUCCCUCCAGACCUCUAGUGGGCACUUCUGCGGAGGAACGCUCAUCGCCCCGAACUGGGUCUUGACGGCUGCCCAUUGCUUUCCUCGUUCCUCGUUCUGGGUCGUGGCGGGCCUUCACCAAUUGUCCCAGUCGGAUUCGGUGGGGGUGCGACUGGAGGUGCAGCAGAUGCACACUCAUCCAAACUACGUCUAUUGGGAUCAGGGCUACGAUUUUGUCCUCCUGGAGUUGGCCGAGGCGGCGCCCUUGAGCGACAACAUCGGCCUUGCCUGCCUGCCGUCGGAGGACAUCGGUGCUGGUGAAGAGUGCUGGGCCACUGGGUGGGGGAAGGUCGCCGGAGGCAGCAUCCCUGACGUGCUGCAGGAGGGCGCUGUCACCACCUGGACCAAUGCAGACUGCCAGUCUUACUGGGGCCUCUCAGGGAUGACGAUCACCGAUGACAUGCUGUGCGCGCAGGGCUCAAACGCUGGGGAGGUAACCGAUAUCUGUCAGGGAGACAGCGGAGGGCCGAUUGUCUGCGAAUCAGGCGGCAGCUACUUCCUUCACGGCGUCGUGUCGUGGGGAGCCGCUUCUUGUGGCGUGGAAAAUUUCCCUGGAGUUUGGAGUCGGAUCACUUAUGGACGCGAGUGGAUGGACGGGGUGAUGGGGGACUGGACGGUGCCCCCGACGCCAUCGCCCGCACCGACGGCUGCGCCGACAGCUGCGCCGACCGUUUCCCCAACAGCAGCACCGACUGCUGUGCCGACGGCAGCGCCAACGAUGGCGCCAACCGCAUCCCCUACAGAUGCACCGACAGCCGCGCCGAGUGCAGCACCUACAGCUGCACCGACCGCUUCCCCAACGGCUGCACCGACAGCUGCGCCGAGCGCAGCACCGACAGCUGCACCGACCGCUUCCCCAACGGCCGCUCCGACAGCUGUGCCGAGUGCAGCACCGACGGAGGCACCGACCGCGUCCCCAACGGCAGCACCGACAGCCGUGCCGACAGCAACGCCGACCGCUUCCCCAACAGCAGCACCGACUGCUGUGCCGACGGAGCGCCACGAUGGCGCCAACCGCAUCCCCUACAGAUGCACCGACAGCCGCGCCGAGUGCAGCACCUACAGCUGCACCGACCGCUUCCCCAACGGCUGCACCGACAGCUGCGCCGAGCGCAGCACCGACAGCUGCACCGACCGCUUCCCCAACGGCCGCUCCGACAGCUGUGCCGAGUGCAGCACCGACGGAGGCACCGACCUUUUCCCCAUCAGCUGCACCGACAGCCGGGCCGACAGCAGCACCGACCGCUUCCCCGACAGCAGCACCGACGACUGCACCGACGGAGGCACCGACCGCUUCCCCAACGGCUGCACCAACAGCUGCGCCGACUCUUGCGCCGUCUUCUUCGCCGACCGCUGCGCCGACGCCCAGUUCUGUGCACAUGUGGGCGGCCAUUUCGGGCCCGUGCACGUUGGACGGCGCCUGUGUGCAGAGCGCGAACUAUCCGCAGGCUUACAAUAA